CUCUCUCUCUCUCUCUUCGGUAGAAGGUGAAAAUCCGAAUUCCCGGCAUCACUUUCCCUCCUUUUUCAAAACAGCCUCACCCCAUUCCGCCGCCCCCCAACUGAAACUUUCCAUUUCCCUCUCCCAAAUUACCAAAACCCUAGUUUUCAAAUCCCACCAUUUCUCCCACCAAAUCUAUAUAUAUAUAUAUAUAUAUAUAUAUAUAUAUAUAUAUAUAUAUAUCUCUCUCUCUCUCUCUCUCUCUCUCUCUCUCUCUGUAUUCCAAUGGACGCUCACCAUCUCGAGUCUCCACCUCCUGAUUCCGACCAAACCCUAAACACGUCUCCGCACGAUUCACCUCCCCAAACCCUGGACGAUCUGCCCAUUUCCACUUCCCUAUCCCCCACACGCGACGAAACCCUCCACGACCAGCCCAAUCCUGUUUCGCUUGUCGAUUACGACGCCCCAGAGGGCGACGACGAAGAGGAAAAAGAAGACGCGCUGCGUUCGCCGUCGCCCCCGUCGUAUUACGUCUCGGCAUUCUCGUCUUCUUCGCACUGGUCCUCCGCGCCGUGGAGCUCCGCGAAAGGAACCCGAGACUCGGGUUGGCCCAGUUGGGUCUCGAAAGCAGACGCCAAGCCGUCGAAGUAUGAUUGGCCUGAAACGUGGCUUUCAGCAGGUGCUGGUGAUGCCAAGGCAUUUGAGUCGGAUUGGUCCGACCCGUUUGCUUUUGAGGAAGAAACUGAGCCCGAGCCCUUGGCUGCGUGCGAUGACACUAAGCCGGCUAUGGUGGGUGCAGGGCUUGCAAAUCUAGGAAACACUUGCUUUCUUAAUGCAAUCUUACAAUGUUUUACACACACGGUGCCCCUUGUUCAGGGUCUCAAGUCAUCCGAUCACCCAAGUCCUUGUGACCGUGAAACUGAAGGAUUCUGUGUACUUUGCGCUCUUCGUAGCCUCAUUGAGCUUUCACUAACGUCCAAGGGCAGCAUUGUCUCCCCUUGGAGGCUUUUUGACAAUUUGAACUAUAUUUCAUCUGAUUUCCGGAGAUUCCAGCAAGAAGAUGCUCAUGAAUUCCUGCAAUGCUUAUUAGAUAGACUUGAGAGCUGUUGUACUUAUUCAAAGACAAGGGACACAUGUUCUUCAGAAGAUGAGAACUUGGUCAAGCGGGUUUUUGGUGGCCGUUUAAUUAGCAAGCUUCAGUGUUGCAAUUGUGGUCACUGUUCUGACACUUAUGAGCCUUUGAUCGACCUGAGUUUGGAGAUUGAGAAUGUAAGUGAUCUUCCUAGUGCUCUGGAAUCUUUCACCAAGGUGGAAAAGAUUGAAGACUCUGAGACAAAGUUUACUUGCGAGAAUUGCAAAGAAGAAGUGUCAUUAGAGAAGCAACUUAUGUUGGAUCGGGCUCCUUCAGUUGCUGCAUUCCACCUAAAGAGAUUCAAGAAUUAUGGCUCCUACGUUGAGAAAAUUGACAAGCAUGUGGAGUUCCCACUGGAGCUAGACUUGCUGCCCUACAUCGAUGACAGUCAAAACAAUGAUGUGGAGUUGAAGUAUGAUCUGUAUGCAAUUGUGGUGCAUUCAGGAUUCUCAUCCACUUCUGGGCAUUAUUAUUGCUUCAUUCGUUCUGGCCCAGACUCAUGGUACAGGUUGGAUGACUCAAAGGUUACUAGAGUUCGAGAGGAGUAUGUGCUUUCUCAGGAAGCCUACAUUCUAUUUUAUGCAAAGCAGGGCACACUGUGGUUUUCAAGUCUUAUGGAAACAGUAAAGGCAUCCUUGGAUCCAUACAUACCCAACAAUUCACCCAAUUCAGUGUUAGAUGACAUGGAUCACAUCAGUAUAUCGUCCCCUAAUCUGUCGAAUAACCCAAGUUGUGAAGAGAAUGAAGCAAGAGAGGAUGUGUUUGGCAUUGAUUUAGAUGUUAUUAAUGGAGGCAUGCCUAGCGAUAUUCAAGUUAAUGAGGCUACUACUAUUAAACCUAAUUUGGGGUCAUAUGCUAAAAACUAUGGGAGAGCUGUAGAUGUUUCUCAUAAGUUCUUGACUCCAGUGCCACAGGGAACAGAUAAUUCUUAUUCUUCUAGCAGAAUGCCAUGUAAUACUGAGAAAAAAAUUUCCCCAUCUGCUCUUAGAGAUUCUGCCUGCAACCAGAAUUUCAAUGAAGUUGAGAAGAGUGCCAGUGUCACUCGUUUGACUCCCCCCACAUCUGCUCUUAGAGGUUACACCCGUAAAAAAAAUUUCAAUGAAGUUGAGAAGAGUGUCAAUAUCUCUCUUUUAACUCCCCCCAGAUCCUGUAAUGGUAGCCCUGAUAAAUAUGCAGAACUUCCAGUGGUGUCUUGUUCCAUCCGAAGAGGUCAUCUGAUGUCACAGAAACAGGUGCCUUGUAAAAGAGAACUUGUCAAGGAUCUGGAUGAUUCCGAGAGAAAACAGGCCUGUAAGCUGUUGAAAGGCAUGCCUAAUGACAGGAAAGCUGUAUUAUUGGCUGCCAUGAAGGGGGAAGUUUCGCCGAACAGUAAGAGAAAGAGAAAUGAUAAACCUUCAACUAGUCGCCAUAAGGCCAACGUUGAGAGUUAUAAUAAGAAUGCCGUGGCUGCUGGAUGGUGAACACUUGGUCUCUGUUUUGUCCAAAAUAGAACUGGUGAACACUUUCCUUGGGGAAGCAUAUAAUUUGCAAAUAUCUGUAGGCUUUUUUUGUUCUCAUUGGGGUUAACAAAGGUAGAUGGUUUUUGCAGCCCGGGGUUUGUUUAUUUUUUUCUGCUGUGAAAACAGAAUGUAUUUACGUCUAAAAAAUUUGGCAUCUCCUGCAGCCUAUAUGUAAAGGAUGAGUUAUUAUGCUAAAUGGGUACCGCUGAAAUCCAUGGAUUUACAAA